AUGAAAACUAUUUUGAACUCCAGUGAACCUGAGUGUAAUGAAACCUUUUACUUCAGGAUCCAGAACAAAGUUAAGAAUAUCCUGGAACUGAGGAUCUAUGAUGAAGACCCACUCACCAAAGACGACCUUUUCUUCACUGUUCUCUUUGAUGUGGCUGAAGUCAGACCUGGAGAGAUAGUCCAUGCAACCUUCACUUUGAAUUCAGAGAGAAAGGAGGAGCUUGAGGUGGAGUUCAUAAUGGAGGAGAUGUUGGCUCAGUUUGGUGUAUCGCUGCAGAUGAUGGCUGAACUAGUUAGGCAAAGAACAGCGCGAAUUGGUCUGGUUAUUAAGCUGGAUAAAAAGAAGUCACUGGUCAUUACCAUCAAGCAGCCUCCAGUUCCAGAUUAUAACCAGGAAGAAGUAAUUUCUAUCAACUUGCUCCAUGUAAAAAUAAUAGGAAUGAGAAAUCUCCGGAAGGCUGACUUGUUGAGCCAGUCCGAUUGCUAUGUAGAACUGUGGCUGCCAACUGCCUCAACUCAAAGGGUCCGGACCAAAACAAUCAAAAACUGUAAAAAUCCAGUCUGGAAUGAAACCUUCUGUUACAGGAUUGACAAUCGUCUUAAGAACGUGCUGGAGCUGAAAGUCUGUGAUGAAGAUAGAUUCAGCAAAGAUGAUGAACUCUGCACAGUUAUUUUUGACGUAGCUAAACUUCACGUUGGGUAUAAAGGUCGUGUGAAGUUCGUGUUGAAUCCCCAGGAACAGGAGGAGCUGGAGGUGGAGUUCAUACUGCAGAACCUUCUGGACUGUCCUGAAAACAUCAUUACUAAUGGAAUACUAGUGUCACGUGAAGUUUCCUGUUUGGAAGUUAAUGGGCAGGCAAAGAAGCUAAAGCAACAAUCCACAAAGGAAGAACUCACACUUACAGUCAAAGGAUCCUAUGAAGAAACCCAGAAGAUUUCAUUGGAUGCUGACUCCAGCCUCAGGAAUAGCGAUUCCAUUGUGUUUCACUACGUAAAGAAUAACCAAACAAAACUGGAUGUUACACUGCCAAAGAAGAUGCAUUACUUUGGUCAGACCUCAGAUAAAGAAGAAUCCCUGCUUCUGCCUCUAAAUUCACUCCCUUUGCAAAAGAAAAUAACAAUAGCAAUGGACAAAACAUCUGACUUGCAUGUGAAGGCAAAAGGCUGGCCAAAAGACAUGGACGUGCGCUUUAGGUUUGACUUAUGCACAGAGGAGCAGGAUUUCCUGUGUAAAAGGAAGAAGUAUGUUGCUGCUGCUGUGAAGAAAGUGCUCCAGCUAGAGGAGAACCUGCAGGACCAUGAAGUGCCGGUGGUGGCAAUCACGACAACAGGGGGUGGGACAAGAUCAUUAACAGCAAUGUAUGGCAGCCUGUUGGGUCUUCAGAAACUGAAUAUCUUGGACAGUGUUUCUUACAUAACCGGUUUAUCGGGCACUACAUGGACUAUGGCAAACUUGUACGAAGAUCCUAAUUGGUCACAGAAGUAUCUGGAGGACGCAAUCAAUAAAGCUCGGAAGCAAGUGACCAAAUGCAAGAUUAAGGGUUUUACUUUGGACCGUCUGAAGUACUAUUACAAUGAGCUGAAAGAGCGGCGCCAACAAGGACACAACACGUCUUUUAUAGACUUGUGGGGGCUCAUGGUUGAAUACAUGCUACAUGAUGAGGUAUUGAAUCAUAAACUCUCGGAUCAGCGACAGGCAAUCAAUGAGGGCCAGAAUCCGCUGCCCAUUUACAUGGCUAUCAACCUCAAAAACGGCUAUAGUGCUCAAGAUUUUAGAGAAUGGUUGGAGUUCACUCCCUAUGAGGUGGGAUUCUGGAAAUAUGGAGCAUUUAUUCGCUCAGAAGAUUUUGGAAGUGAAUUUUUCAUGGGAAGGCUGAUGAAGAAGUUCCCAGAAAGCCGGAUUUGCUACAUGGAAGGCAUGUGGAGUGGUAUAUUUUCCUUGGAUGUGAUGUACUUCUGGAAUUUAGCCUUUGAUUCAGAGGACUUCUGGUACAGAUGGACUAGAGACCGAGUAAAAGACAUUGAGGAAGAUCCUGUUCUGCACAUAAAGCCUCAUGAGACAGAGACUCGCCUGUUGACUCCCGCAGGCGCCCUUUCUACUGCUUUCCGAGAUGUCUUAACAGGGCGCCCAACAAUUGCAGAAUUCCCCAAUUUCCUAAGGGGUUUCCAGAUGCACAAUAAGUACCUGGAGAAUGAGCAUUUUUCUACAUGGAAAGGCACAGGAAGCAGCUCAUCUAUUCUUAUGGUAGUUAUAACAGGACAUGUUUGUAUUUCAGACACUGUGAUAGACACUUACCCUAACAAACUAAUUGAAACAGCACAGCACCCUCUAUCCCUGGCAGAUACUGGAUUUUUUAUCAAUACCAGUUACCCACCACUCUUGAUACCUCAGAGGAAAGUGGACGUCAUCCUGCAUUUAAAUUACAGUGGAGGAUCACAGACAUUGCCUCUGGACCUAAUUGCGAAGUACUUCUCGGAGCAGAGAAUCCCAUUCCCCAGAAUCGAGAUGAGUGAUGAAGACCGGAAAAAUCUAAAGGAGUGCUAUCUGUUUGAAGAUGCUGAGAAUCCAAGAGCUCCUAUAGUGCUUUUUUUCCCAUUAGUAAAUGACACCUUCAGAAAAUACAAAGCUCCUGGUGUGGAACGCAGCCCCACAGAGAUGGAGGAGGGGAAAGUUGAUGUCUCCAGUCCCCUUUCCCCAUAUACUACAAGGGAGCUCUCAUUCAGUGAAGAGAAUUUUGACAAUCUGGUGAAAAUGACUGACUACAAUAUCCUGAAUAAUGAAAACUUGAUUAUUCAGGCCUUGCGCACAGCAGUGGAACGGAGGAAACAGCAAGCUCCCAUAUACUAUAAGGGAGCUCUCAUUCAGUAA